CUGCCCCUGGCCAGGCAAGGGACACUUUGGUAGAUCUGCUGCCCCCAAAGCCCCUCUACUGGGUACAGAAGUGGCAAAAGGGGUUCAUGAUGCUCCGGACUUGUCAUGUGCUCUGUUCCCAAGCCAGACCCUCCGCUGGUGGUUGGAAGCCCCUGAGCUUUGAUGGUGGGGCCUUUCAUCUCAAGGGCACAGGAGAACUGACACGGGCUUUGCUGGUGCUACGGCUGUGUGCCUGGCCCCCUUUGGUCACACAUGGCCUGGCGCUCCAGGCCUGGUCUCAGCGACUCCUGGGCUCCUGGCUCUCGGGGGCACUUCUCCGAGCAUCUGUCUAUGGGCAGUUUGUGGCUGGUGAGACAGCAGAGGAGGUGAGGGGCUGUGUCCAACAGCUCCAGACCCUAGGCCUCCGGCCCCUGCUGGCAGUGCCUACUGAGGAGGAGCCGGACUCGGCUGUCAGGACUGGUGAGGCCUGGUAUGAGGGGAACCUCAGGGCUAUGCUGCGGUGUGUGGACUUGUCACGAAGCCUCACGGAGACCCCCGUCCCGACUGGGAACAUCCUCAUGCAGCUGAAGGUGACAGCGUUGGCCAGCACCCGGCUCUGUAAGGAGCUAACCUCGUGGGUCAGAAGGCCAGAGGCUCCCUUGGAGCUGAGCCCUGAGAGACUGGCAGAAGCCAUGGACUCGGGGCAGGAUCCCCAGGUCUCCUGCCUCAGUGCUGAGCAAAACCGGCAUCUCCAGGCCUCUCUGAGCCGCUUGCACCAGGUGGUACAGCAUGCCCGGGCCCGGCACGUGAGGCUCCUUGUGGAUGCUGAGUACACCUCGCUGAACCCUGCUCUCUCUCUGCUGGUGGAUGCCCUGGCCAUGCGCUGGAACAGCCCUCAGGAAGGCGGGCCCUGGGUGUGGAACACUUACCAGGCCUAUCUGAAGGACACGCAUGAGCGGCUGAAGCGGGAUGCUGAGGCUGCAGACAGGGCUGGCCUGGCCUUCGGAGUGAAGCUGGUACGGGGGGCGUAUCUGGACAAGGAGAGAGAGGUGGCCCGUGUCCAAGGGACUGAAGAUCCCACUCAGCCUGACUAUGAGGCUACUAGCUGGAGUUACAGUCGCUGUCUGGAGCUGAUGCUGACUCGUGUGUCCUACAGUGGCACCAGGUGCCAUCUCAUGGUGGCUUCUCAUAAUGAGGAAUCUAUUCGUCAGGCAACUAAGCGGCCCCAUGCAGGUCCCACCCAGCCCCAGGACUCCCUCCCUCCCAGCCAGAGCCUUUCUCCUAGUCCCAGCCAAUGCCUGGCCAGGCUCCCACCCAGAGCCUGCAGCUGGUGUAGCUGCAGUACCCUUCCGGAUGGAUCCGCUGUUCCUGGAUCUGAAGGCCCUGCAGGGCAGGCUGGCUAUGCUGUGUAUAAGUCCAUCCCCUACGGCUCCCUGGAAGAGGUGAUCCCCUACCUGAUCCGGAGGGCCCAGGAGAACCGGAGCGUGCUGCAGGGUUCCCGCAGGGAACAAGAGCUGCUCAGGCAAGAACUUCGGAGGAGGCUGCUGGGACGGGGCCUGAGGGUACCCCAUUAGCACCUGCAGGGGUCAUGUGGUCAAUAAAGAUCCUGAACCUUUGCUCUGGUUGCUGCCCUGACCACACUGAAGCCACUCCCUUUGGGAAGGGCUAAUCUCAACCUCAGCCUGCCUAAGUUAGGGGCCUCUGCAGCUCAAGAGAGACCUUUAGAUGACUGCAGAGCAUAUAGCAAGGGCAUUCAUCAAAGACUAAUGAGGCCUCCCUUCAACUCUGAGGCAGUCUAUCCCGCAAUAGCCCUGGGGUCAGCUCUACUCAGCCGGUCAGUGGCUGACGCGGGAACUUCACUUCAGUGGACGCCCAGAUGAAGAGCAGACACUGAGGCACUGAGGACAAGAGGUGCGCUAA